GGACCCACUCAACCAAAAGCACGCAGCUUCCAUAUGAAUGAACUUAUCAAACUUUAACUUUACCACUUUACUGUGUUAGUGUGUGUUUAAGUGUUGUUCUCAUGGAGGAUCGCUAGAGAGCAGCAGGUGCUCCUUCUACAUCUGUUCUAUGUGAUGCUGGUGAUCUGUCACAGUGGUUAACAAGGAGCUGACUAGAGUGCUGUUUUUGGGAUUGUUGUUUACUUGAUAUCAUGUCUCUGUAUCGAAAUUCUAUCUGGUUUUUGAUUGGUGUCCAUCAAUAUACAAGGAUGGGAUAUGAUGAAGCAUCCAAAAACUUUGAGCCCAAGGACAUGGAAGUGUCCGUUGUGGGACGAUCUUUUAUGAUCACAGGAGCCAACAGUGGAAUAGGAAAAGCAACAGCCAUGGCUAUAGCCAAGAAAGGUGGAACAGUCCACAUGGUGUGUAGGAACAAAGAUAGAGCAGAGGAAGCCAGGUCAGAUAUAGUUUAUGAAUCUGGGAACACGGAGGUAUACAUCCACAUUAUAGAUAUGUCCCAAACACGCAAAGUCUGGGAGUUUGCAGAGGCCUUCAAGAAAGAGUAUCCAUCACUGAAUGUGUUGAUAAACAAUGCUGGCUGUAUGGUGCACAAGAGGGAGCUUAAUGAAGAGGGGAUAGAGAAGAACUUUGCCACCAACACCAUGGGGGUGUACAUCCUCACACAGACUCUCAUACCACUUCUGCAGAAGAGCCGGGACCCCAGAGUGAUCACUGUGUCCUCAGGGGGCAUGCUGGUUCAGAAACUUCGAGUUGAUGACUUGCAGUCAGAAAAUGGCUACUUUGAUGGAGUUAUGGUCCAUGCACAGAACAAGAGACAGCAGGUGGUGCUGACACAACACUGGGCCAAAGCCAACCCUAUCAUUCACUUCUCUGUCAUGCAUCCAGGCUGGGUAGACACACCAGCUGUUUCUACAUCAAUGCCUCAGUUCCACCAGAUGAUGGGAGACAGGCUGCGCUCUGUAGAGCAGGGAGCUGACACCGUUGUGUGGUUAGCUUUGUCCAGAGUUGCCUCCAGGACACGCAGCGGGCAGUUCUUUCAAGAUCGCAAGCCUAUUCCUGACCACCUCCCUUUGGCUUGGACUCACAGUUCUGCUGAGGAGAUUCAGAGUUUCAUGACUCAGCUGGAUACUUUGGCCCAAGCUGUUCAAUCACAACCUGAUUUGAAUCUUAAAGGUCCUCGGGGCCCUUCCAGACUUGAAUUUGUUUAGAUUCUGUUGCACCACAUACUACUAACUCAUGAAACUAUCAGCAACCAUGAAAUGUGACUAACUGGAAAAUGUAACCUUUUUGUCAUAUUUAGUUUUAUGCAUCCUCUAACUCACUAAAUGGUUUUUACAGAUACUUGCUUGUUGUAGAUGUUGCAUAAUUCAGUGUUACAUCAUUUGGCCUGUGAGGUCAGCAGAACUGUUCAGAAAAUACCAUGAACUGUUAAACUGAUUUGAGUUGAAAAGGUCAAAAGCAGCUACCAAAGACAUGUAAAACAUAUCUGUUAUAUAAAUGAUGAAAAGCAUUAGUGUAAUUUCAAUUUGUGACUCUUGGUACACAUCCAGAAAAUUGCAUCAUUGUCUGUAGUAGAAACUGCAGUUGUACCAGUCCUAAAAAUGUUAACUUUACCUCAUGGCAACAGUUGACCUUUUCAACAGAACAAGUAAAUCUGUGAUCAUCUAUUAAAUAGUUACUAUAAAUAAAGGUGUUGCCCUCUGGA